UACAGCAAUUUUUAAGCACAAAAAUUAACCGUAGGAGAAGCAGCAAUGUUCGAUGGCUGGCAAAGGGGAGAUCAUCCAAAUACAUAUUGGCCAGGCGGGGGUGCAGAUAGCCAAUGCCUGCUGGGAGCUCUACUGCCUGGAGCAUGGCGUCAUGGCCAAUGGGAGACUGAUGCAACAGCCAACAGAUGAAUCCUUUUUGACCUUCUUCGAGGGCACCAGCCAGCAGGCAUGCGUGCAGCCGAGACUGGUGAUGAUUGACACAGAACCCACGGUUAUAGAUGAAAUCCGCACUGGCGCCUAUAAAAAUCUCUUUCAUCCGGACACCCUCAUCAGCGGCAAGGAUGACAGCGGCAGCAACUUUUCACGUGGCUACAAUCUGAUGGCCAGCGAGCUAUUGGAUCGCUCCAUGAAUGCCAUCAGACGUGUGGCCGAUCGUUGUCGCAGUCUUCGUGGUUUCCUGGUCUAUAGAGCCAUAGGCGGUGGCACGGGCUCGGGGCUGGGCACGCGUAUUAUGGAGAAGCUGGUGGAAGAUUUUGGCAAAAAGAUGACAAUUGUGGAGUUUUUGGUGUAUCCAUCGCCGUCCAUCUCCCCUGUGAUUGUGGAGCCCUACAAUGCUCUGCUGGCCACACACUUCUCCAUGGACUGUGCGGAUGUCUCUUUUAUUGUGGACAACGAAGCGCUCUACGACAUCUGCGCCAAUACUUUGAGCGUGCCCGCGCCGACCUACACCAAUCUGAAUCGCAUUAUUGGCCAAGUGGUCGCGGGCUUUACGGCCUCGCAGCGUUUUGGCGGUCAGUCGGCUGUCAGUUUUCAGGAGCUGCAAACGAAUUUGGUGCCGUAUCCGCGCAUCCAUUAUCCCUUGAUCAACUAUGCACCACUCGUGCCACAUUCGCACUCGCAAUUCGUCAACAUGUCGACGUCCCAGCUGACGGGACAGUGUUUCCAGAUGAGCAACCAAAUGGUGCGCUGCAAUCCAUCGCAUGGCAAGUACAUGGCCUGUGUGCUGCUCUAUCGCGGUGACAUUGCCACCAACGAGAUCAAUUUGGCACUGGAAAACAUACGCAGAACGCGUUCAUUUCGCUUUGUGGAUUGGUCACCCACCGGCUUCAAAAUUGGCGUCUCGAGCAUGCCGCCAGCGUAUGUCCCGGGCGGUGAUUUGGCGCCCACCAAUAGCGCCUGCGUUGCCGUCUCAAAUAAUACAAACAUUCGGAUCGCCUGGUGCCGGCUGGUCAAUAAGUUCGAUAAACUAUACCAGAGGCGCGCCUUUGUCUACCAUUAUGUGGGCGAGGGUCUCGAGGAGGGCAACUUCAGUGAGGCAUCCGAGAAUAUAUGCCAGCUGGUCCACGAUUAUCUCGAGGUGGAUGCCACGGCGCCAAGUUCACGACGCGCCACGGAUAUGGAUGUGGAUUCCACGGGUUCGGAUCAUUAGUGGGGAAAUCCCAGCCUUCUUUUUUGCUUAACAAAUUCA